AUGGCCCAGGUGAAGGUAGCGGGAGAGAGUGUGAGGAUCCACCAGGACAGCACAGAUCUUUACUCCGACAUGGCUACUGUCAGCUCCAGUGCAGAUAUAGGAGAGUCGGUGAGGAAGGGGACAUUGUGCGAGACCUCCGUGGCUGUAGGAUUCAAUAGACGGAGCAGAGCAUACCCCUCCCCAGCCAGAAGACGCCACCGCACCACCUUCAGCCACAAACAGCUGGAGCAGCUGGAAGUGGCGUUUGGACAAAAUCAGUAUCCUGACAUCUACUACAGAGAGGAGCUGGCUCGAAUCACUAAACUCAAUGAGGCUCGCAUACAGGUGUGGUUUCAGAACAGGAGAGCCAAACAGCGUAAGCAGGAGAGGGCCUCGCAGAAGGUUCUCCCAGUGGGCGUGAUGCCAGGCCACAGGGCGCUUCUGGGAGGUGUGCACAUCCAGCCGUCCGGCAUGGCUCGGCAGUACUACCCCCAGCCCCUGCCCCACAUCCCUCGCCUCUCUUCCAUGUUGCCCUCAGGGGCAUACACCCGCCACCCGGGGCCAGGUAGCCAGUGCCCAUGUCCCGGCGCCUCCACUCAGCCAACCUCGCAGCGGCAGCAUGAUGACUGGUACGGCUCACUGAGGAGCAACCUCACCUCGCCCAUGUUCUCGCUCACCUCCAUGCCGCCUCUGGAUCCCACCUCUCACUGGAGCUAAGAAGCACCAGAUGUUUCCACACAGAAUACUAAGAAAGCCUCUUUUUCAUCUUCACAGUUACACACAUCCUGUUUGCUCUCUCACUGCUGCAUUUUCCAGCUAGUCUGUAAAAUAAAAUGUAUCUUCUCAGCCACACCCGAGC